AUGACUAACGUUGAUGUAUGCAAGUGGUCGGCGAUAAGUUUCGAUCAAUUACUGUCCCAUGAAACCAAUGUUAGAGAUAAUAUGCAAAAUUACAGGUUCGGUCAAGAAAUUUCCAUUUUAAACGAUUCCAAGUCAAAAGACAGCUAUUCUUCUGAGUCUGUCAAUACGUCUAUGUCUGGAUGCACGGUGGACGAGUCAAAAUCAAGAAAGAAUCAUACUAACUGUCUAAAACUGGUUUCAUCGCCUUCGGUUUCCGACAAUAAAAAUACUAAAUCAAUAUUCAUACUAAAAGAUACAAGGAGUCAUCAGUCAAAUAAGAGAUCAACUCUGAAACACAAUCGUAAUUCAGACAUAAUAAUACAUGACCAUUUGAUUCAAGCCAAAUCAGUUGAAGAAUUAUCUAGAAAAGAUUCGAUCGAAAAUGAAAUAAAAAUUACCAAUGAAAUACAAAAUAAUCAAUCUCAAUCUUUGUCAUCUAAAAAAUCCGAUAAACACAUUGUUCCGAAUUGCGGUGACAAUUUGAAUGAAUUAAAUCAAAAGAAAAGCUAUAAACUGCUUGAUAAAUUAUUAUUUACAGAAACUAGAAACACAGAAAACAAGAUGCACACAUACGCUGAUAAAACCAAUUCCAAAUUCAUCAGUCAUUGUGAUAAAAAUUCAUCAAUAUUACAUAAAACCGGUAAUAAUUGUGAUCAGUUGACAGAUACUAUUGGCGAAAAAACAAAAAAUGAGAAACCUGCUAACAAGAAAAACCAUCUGAAACAAAACACAGUUCUGUUGCCAAAUGCGUUAAGAGCGGUUGAUUUUGUACUACCUACUGAAAACUCACAAUCAACUAAACUGCAUGAAGAAUCAACUAAUCGUUCUAACAAGUUACGACACAUGCGGAGAGAAGUGAAGACUUUGUCCGCUUCAUGGAAACCAAAAGCGUUAUUCAAUGAAGAAAAAGAAAGAGAACGUGAAGAAGAAGAAGAUGAUGAUGAUGAAGAGGAAAAAAGUAAACAGGCAAUUAAUCGAAAAAAACGAAGAGUUUCCAUGUACGAAAAAGGAUAUGGUAAACUUUCAUCUUACAAAAUAUAUGAAAAGUUAGGAGAAGGAACAUAUGCAACUGUUUACAAGGGAUACAGUUUAGUAUCUAAACAAUUGGUGGCAUUAAAACGAAUACGUAUGAGAAAAUCUGAAGGUGCACCAUGUACAGCCAUACGUGAAAUCAGUCUUCUUCGUGGAUUGAAUCAUGUAAAUAUAGUGAAAUUGCAUGAUGUUAUCUAUGAGAAUGGUUCAUUGACAUUAGUAUUUGAAUAUGGGGGAAGUGAUCUUAAAAAAUACAUGAGAAUGCACAAUAAUCGUUUACCUAUGAAUUUAGUCAGAUUAUUUACUUUUCAAAUAUUUCGAGGCCUUGAAUAUUGUCAUGCAAGACAAAUAUUACAUCGGGAUUUAAAACCUCAAAAUUUAUUAAUUAGUGAAACUGGAGAUUUGAAAUUGGCUGAUUUCGGAUUGGCACGUUCACAAUCUGUACCAAUUAGAACAUAUUCCAGUGAAGUUGUAACACUCUGGUAUAGACCACCGGAUAUAUUGUUAGGUGAUAAAAAGUAUUCCAGUCAUAUUGAUAUUUGGGGAGUUGGUUGUAUUCUGUAUGAAAUGACAACAGGUUAUAGUCUAUUUCCGGGAACUUCAAAAGAAGAUCAAAUUAAAAUUAUCUUUAGAAAAUUCGGAAUUCCACCUGAAUCCUAUUGGCCCGGUUUAAGAACCAAUGCUAAAUUUUUGGAAUAUAUGAAAUCCCAUCAACGUGAUGAGAAAUGUGACUCUCGUAAGCCAAAUUAUUCUCAGUCUUCAACAAAUCUUAAUUUAAUCGAUAGUACAAAAUUCUCAACUCAGAUAAAUAAACUAUUAUAUGAUGAAAAUCACGAUUCUAUUGAUACAUAUAAUGAAAAUAUUAAAAAUAUUCUGUCAUGUUGUGCUACAAGAUUAAAUUCCGAUGGUCAGCAUUUAUUAUUUGAAUGCCUUGCAUUAGUUGGAAAUCGUCGAAUUACAGCUACUGAAGCAUUAAAGCAUGUAUAUUUUAAAUGUAUUCUACCACCUGGUAUAAAUGUACAUGAUUUAUUACCAGAACAAUCAAUCACAUUUCUUGCUUUUCAUUCUUUACAAAAAUCUCGGAUCAAUUCUACUAGUACUACUACUACCACUACUACUACUAGUAGUAGUAGUAGUAAUAAUACCGCUAAGUUUACUAAUACUAAUAUUAGUAAGAAGAAUAAACAUAAAGGUAAAACUAAUUAUUUAACACAUUUAACCAAUGCAAUAUCUUACGGUAAUAAACUACAUGGCUAUGAACAAUUAUCCAAAAGUUUAACUAAUCUAUCAGAAUUUCGUUCUCAUUCUUCAAAUGAUUCGAAUUCAUGCAAAGCACCUACAAUUCAAUCACAUCAUGACAAUAAAAUAAUAACAACACCAACAAAACAUAAAACUAACAAAGAAUAUGAACAAAAAAUAUUUAAAUUAAAUAAAACGAAAAAUUCAAAUAAAUUAUUAUUAUAUAAUGAAGGAAGAAACAUAUCCACUGUUGUACAUCGUCAAAAUGAACAGAUUUCUCAAUCUGGUGACAUGAACAGUAAUAAUAAUAAUAAUAACAAGGUUAAUUCCAUUCAAACUGACCAAACCUCUGAUAUUGAUACAUCACUUAGUUCAAAUAGUCAAUGUUAUUGUCCAUAUGAAAAACAAUACGAUGAACAACAUCAACCGGAAUUAGUGUUAUUUACACCGGUCACAAAACUAAAUAAAUUAAAUCAGAAAAUAAGAAAACCUGUUAGUAAAUAUUUAACAUUUUCUGCAGGAAAUGCACAUAAAUUACUUUACAAUCAAAGCAUUGCUGAUAACAAUUUCAGUGAUAAUCAUAAUAAUAAUAAUAAUCUCAAAGAAAAAUCACUAAGUAGCACUCCAACAAAUAAUCUUACAGCAUUUCUUAAACGUAAAUUAUAUUCAUUUCAAGCAAAAGCUAAAGAAUCUCGAAAUCGUCUGAGACCAGUAUCAGUGGAUCAACUUCAAAUUUUAAAUCUAUCAUCAGAUUCUUCGAAAGAUAUUGAAUUAGCUGAUGCAAACAAUUGCACUGAUAAUAAUCAUGAUCAUAAGCUCAACAAUAGUCAUGAUAAUCUUGUGAUUUCACGUAGUUUUGUUAAAAACAUAAUUUAUGACGAACAAUUUAGUCAGAAGACAAAUCAACAACAUAUAAAAUCAAAAAAUGAAUUGUCAAAUCCGAAUAAAUCAAUCAUUUAUACAAAUGUAAAUAAAAAUCAUUUUGAUUUGCCAAAAUCUAUACAAAUCAUUUAUAGUCCAACAUGUCAAUCAUUUAAUAAGAAAAUCAUUAAAUCAAAUUUUUCAACUAUUUCAAAUCAUUCAAUGAAUUUCUUAAAUCAUCAUAAAACACCUCAAUCAUUAUCAUCAUCCACAUUGAUUAGAAUAAAUCGUCCAAAUAGUUUAAAUUUAAAAUGUAUAAAACAAAAUUAUUAUUUCCAAUCAAACAAUUCGUUAAUUUAUUCAAAUUCUCGACGUAAAAGUUGGAAUAGUUCCGGUUCAUCAAAUUUAGAUACUCCAUUCGAUGAACAAAGUAUAUUCAAAUAGAACAUGAAUACUCAUUGCUGAUUUAUCACGCACAAACUUAUUUAUUAUCCAUUUAAAGAGAGAAUAAUACGCAUGAAAACCACUAGAACACAUGACCUUUAUUGAUAUUUCUCAAAACAUAAAGUUUUUGCAAUACAAUUUCUUAAUGAAUUAACAUCAACACAAGAGUAUCUUGACAUUUUCUUACAUUAUAUUAUCAUUGUAAAAAAAAAAUAGAAAUUUAAUUCUGAUUUUUAAUAUGCUUCAUCAUCAAGAGUUCAUUUUAUUGUCUCUAUUUUCUUCUAAACAAAUAAGUUAAAAAAAAAAGAUUCACAUUGUUAUUUUAGCGUAGGAAGAUUAAUUCAAUCAU